AAAAAAACCCAGAACUUUGAUCAGAGAAACAGAGGAUUUGAAUAGCAAAACAAUGGCACUGGCAAAAGAAAUGAUGGGUUGUUCUUUGAUCGAGAGAUCAUCAUUUGUUUCUUCAUCGAAAGUGUUUCUAAACUGUUCUGGUAAUGCGACCUGUUUCCGGCAGAGACAGAACCGGUUCCCGCUGGUCAAGCACGUCCCGUUUCCGUCGGUGCAUUCGAGGAAGGUUUUCAAGGCGCCCGUCGUGGCCGCCAUCAGUGAAGAUUUGAUAAAGGCGGUGCCGAAUCAAAAGGAGAAGCCUGUUGAAUUCAAGGUUAGAGCUUCCGUGACUAUCAGGAACAAGAACAAGGAAGAUUUUAAGGAGACUUUGGCUAAGCAUUUCGAUGCUUUUGCUGACAUGUUCGGAAGGCAUGUCGUGUUGGAACUCAUUAGCAAUGAACAAGAUCCCAAAUCCAAUGGUCCGAAGAAAAGCAGUGAAGCAGUGUUGAAGGAUUGGUCCAAGAAAGCAAACGUUAAAGCUGAACGAGUUUAUUACACAGCUGAGUUCACAGUGGACUCAGAGUUCGGGAUUCCAGGUGCCAUAACGGUGAAAAACAAGCACCAUCAGGAAUUUUUCCUGGAAAGCAUCACCAUUGAAGGAUUUGCAUGCGGCCCUCUUCAUUUCCCUUGCAAUUCCUGGGUUCAAUCCAGCAAAAAUCACUCUGCAAAGCGGAUUUUCUUCUCUAAUCAGCCUUAUUUGCCGAACGAGGCACCUAAUGGACUAAGAGCAUUAAGAGAAAAAGAGCUAAGGGAUCUAAGGGGAAAUGGUCGAGGCGUAAGAAAACUCUCGGACAGGGUUUACGACUUCGAUGUGUACAAUGAUUUGGGAAAUCCAGACAGGGGCAUUGAUUUUGCCCGGCCAAUGCUCGGUGGCAACAAAAUUCCAUACCCGAGACGGUGUCGCACCGGUCGUCUUCCUUCCGAAACAGACAUGUCAGCAGAGAGCAGAGUCGAGAAGCCAUUGCCGAUGUACGUGCCGAGAGACGAACAAUUCGAGGAGUCGAAGCGGAACACCUUCUCUGCCGGAAGGUUUAGAGCAGUGCUACACAACUUGUUGCCGCUGUUGAAAGCCAGCAUUUCAGUUCAUAACCGUGACAUAAACUCGUUCGCCGACAUCGAUGACCUUUACAAAGAAGGGCUGCUCCUCAAAUUAGGUUUACAGCAAGAAACCGUGAAGAAGUUGCCGAAAAUGGUCACCAAAUUACAGGAAUCUAGCGAAGGACUGCUCAAAUAUGAAACCCCAAAAGUUGUUUCCAAGGACAAGUUUGCCUGGUUGCGAGACGACGAGUUCGGCCGUCAAGCAUUGGCGGGCGUCAACCCUGUAAACAUCGAGCGACUUACAUCUUUUCCACCGGUAAGCAGGCUCGACCCCGAGAUCUAUGGUCCCCAAGAAUCUGCACUCAAAGAAGAGCACAUUGUGGGACAGCUUAAUGGCAUGACAGUUCAACAGGCUUUGGAUGAAAACAAGUUGUUUAUAGUGGAUUAUCAUGACAUUUAUCUACCGUUUCUCGAUCGGAUCAAUGCACUAGAUGGCCGGAAAUCAUAUGCUACUCGUACAAUAUUUUUCUUGACUCCGACCGGGACACUCAAGCCGGUUGCCAUCGAACUAAGCCUUCCACACACCACACCGCAGUCCCGAGCCAAGCAUGUCGUCACACCGCCUGUUGAUGCAACCACAAAUUGGAUUUGGCAGCUUGCAAAAGCUCAUGUUUGCUCCAACGAUGCCGGGGUCCAUCAAUUGGUUAACCAUUGGUUACGUACACAUGCAUGCAUGGAGCCCUUCAUAUUGGCUGCACAUAGGCAAAUGAGCGUAAUGCACCCCAUCUUUAAGCUUUUGGAUCCACACAUGAGAUAUACGCUAGAGAUAAACGCUUUAGCUCGACAAAACUUGAUCAAUGCCGGUGGUGUUAUCGAGGAUUGCUUCACUCCCGGUCGCUACUGCAUGGAGAUUAGCGCUGCGGCUUAUCGGAGCCAUUGGCGCUUUGACCAGGAGAACCUACCUGCCGACCUCAUCCGAAGAGGAAUUGCGGUUCCUGACCCAACACAACCCCAUGGUCUAAAGCUCCUGAUUGAAGACUACCCUUAUGCCACGGACGGACUACUAAUAUGGAACGCACUCGAGAAUUGGGUCCGAACCUACGUGAACCAUUACUAUCCGAACUCGAGCCUGAUAUGCAGUGACAGAGAGCUACAAAACUGGUACUAUGAGUCCGUCCACAUAGGCCAUGCCGAUCUCAGCAAGGAGUCGUGGUGGCCCUCAUUGAAAACGCCAGAGGAUCUAGUGUCCAUCCUCACCACCCUCAUUUGGCUUGCAUCAGCCCAACAUGCUGCACUUAAUUUUGGACAGUACCCUUACGGUGGCUACGUGCCUAACCGUCCACCCCUAAUGCGGAGACUAAUACCCGACGAGAACGACCCCGAGUACGUUAAUUUCCUCGCCGAUCCACAAAAAUAUUUCCUAUUAGCAUUGCCAAGUUUAUUACAAGCUACAAAGUUCAUGGCGGUCGUUGACAACUUGUCAACACACUCCCCCGACGAGGAGUACUUGGGGGAAAGACAACACCCCUCAAUUUGGUCAGGUGAUGCAGAGAUCAUCGAGGCCUUCUACGGGUUCUCGGCCGAGAUAAGACGGAUAGAGAAGGAGAUCGAGAGAAGGAACGCGGAUCCUAGCCUCAAGAACCGGUGUGGAGCCGGGGUGUUACCGUAUGAGCUUCUUGCACCGAGCUCGGACCCAGGGGUAACAUGCAGGGGAGUUCCUAACAGUGUUUCAAUAUGAUCCAAAAUUGGAUAUCAGGGUGCCCUUAUUUAUUUAUUCUUAAUUAAAAUUUAGGUAUAUAAAUAUUUUUAGGGUAAGGGGUAUAUAUGGAAUAGAACUUGUAAGCAUACUUUUUGUGUCAUAUGACAUUGUUAUCAUGCAAAUAAUGUAUCAAACUCGGUUCCAGUGACCACUGACCAGAGAAACCUCGUCUGCCCAUUUGAAAAAAAAUAAUGAUAAUCCGGACACAGUUCCGAUGAAGUUGGUCAGG